AUGCCCAGCCAAGUCUUUGUGUCAAUUCCCGAUGCUUUGCGGCAAUUUUUGUCUUCAGAAUGCCGAGCCGAAGGUGCCAAAGAAGUGGCUCAGCAGAGCGCUUGCGAACUGGAUGAGCUCUACAGGCUGGCAGACGAACAUCUCAAGUUGACGCAGGAACCUGUGAAGAUGCACGAGCUACUGGCAACAGCGGAGGUUGUGGAGCGUCGGGAGGUCCCUGCGCUUGGCGAGGAUGGAGAACCAUUGAGCGAAUUGGAGCAGAUGCGAGCCGCAUCGCAGGAACGCGCUUAUCAGCGGAUGGUGGAUGGAGUCGCCCCAUUGACCGGUCAGCGACGGACAGAGCCCCUUCCGCAUCAGCAGGGCCUUCGUUUUGCGACGAACUUCGGUACACAGGUGAUCGUAGCCUUCAUUGGCGCAUUCCUCUUGGGGUACUACUUUGUGGAAACCUUCGUGGCGCCUGAGAGCUUCAAUGCGAAGGUGAUCGCCGGCGCUAGCUGCUCCUUUGCCACGCUCCUGCUGGAGACCUUCUUGUUAGUGAUUCACGAGCAAAAGCAGACCAUCAUGGAGAAGAAGAGAGAAAAACAUGCCCAGAAGACUGCGAGGAAAGUGGUGGCGGUGCAGCACCCAAAAAACGAGGAGCCCAAAAGUGGUCAAGAAAAGAAAGAUGAUUGA